AUGCGCCUUUUCCGCUCCGCCGCCGCGGCGGUUGCGUCGUGCGCUUGGACGGCAGUCGUCGUCAUCCCCGCCCUUUUCGACUCCGUCCACGCAAGCUCAGUGGCUCGCAACCCACUCACGGCCCUCGAGGUCCUCCGCAACCCCACGAUUCAUACAUUCAAGAACCGCGUUACCGCUCUGUCGGAAUUCGACCUGUCCUUCGAACUUUUCCGCGACCAACGCGUGCGCCUCGCACUGGAGCCUAACCAUGACAUUAUCGCAGAAGGCGCGACAAUUGAGUACCUGGGCGCCGACGGCCAGGUCACCCGCCGCGAGACCAUCGACCGGCUAGAACACAAGGUCUACAAGGGCCGCGCCUGGGUCAAGAGAGGCGAAGACCGAUGGGUGGACAAGGGCUGGGCUCGUAUUACCAUCCGCCGCGACGGCAUUCACCCGCUCUUCGAAGGCGUCUUCAGCAUCGACCACAACCAUCAUCACGUGCAAAUGACUUCUAGCUACACCGCGACCAAGCAUGUACUGGAUCCCGCCGUGGAGCCGUCCGACGACGAGUACAUGGUCGUAUGGAGAGAUUCGGAUAUCUCGGAGACGUCGUACGACCAGGAACGCCAGGAGCUGCGCCGCGACCUGGGUUCGGAACUUGCGUGCCACUCGGACAGGCUUGAGUUUAACAUGAACUUGGACCACCCGGUCUAUGGCCGCAUGCUGAAGCGAGAGGAGGGCUUCUGGAGCACCCCCAUCAGCUCGCUUUUCUCCAAGCGCCAGCUUGACUCUACGCCUGGAUCUGGAAACUCCGCCGGUGUGAAUUUGGCCUCUACCAUCGGAUCGACGGCUGGUUGUCCCACCUCACGCAAAGUUGCUUUGGUCGGCGUUGCCACCGAUUGCACAUAUACCGCAACUUUUAAUUCCACGGAAUCCGCUAGGGCCAACGUGAUCAGCGUGAUGAAUUCCGCUUCUGAUCUUUACGAAUCCACAUUCAAUAUCACAUUAGGCCUUCAGAACUUAACUGUUAGCGAGGCAACUUGCCCCGGAACUCCCCCGCAGAGCAAUCCCUGGAACCAAGGUUGCUCGGAUAGUGUCACUAUCCAGGACCGCUUGAACCUGUUCUCGGAAUGGAGAGGCGCAAGAGAGGACACCAACUCUCACUGGACUCUUUUGACCAAUUGCCCCACGGGCCAGGCCGUUGGCCUUGCUUGGCUUGGACAGGCGUGCGUGCAGGGAUCCAUGAGCGAGAACUCGACCAGCGGCAGCGGCAGUGAAACUGUUGCAAGUGCCAACGUCGUUGCGCGGACGAACACGGAGUGGCAAGUCAUUGCUCACGAGACUGGCCAUACUUUUGGUGCCGUCCACGAUUGCACGUCCUCGACUUGUGCCGACAGCAACACCGUCAGCUCCCAGCAAUGUUGCCCGCUCAGCUCCAGCACUUGCGAUGCUGGAGAGCAGUUCAUCAUGAACCCGUCGACUGCCAGCGGUAUCACCAAAUUCUCUGCAUGCUCCAUCGGAAACAUUUGCAGCGCCAUGGGCCGCAACAGCGUCAAGUCGAACUGUCUGACAAACAACAGAGGUGUAACCACCAUCUCUGGUCAGCAAUGCGGUAAUGGCAUCGUUGAAGAAGGUGAAGACUGCGAUUGCGGUGGCGCGGAAAGCUGCGGAGACAACCCGUGUUGCAACCCCACGACCUGCAAGUUCCAGAAUGGCGCCGUUUGUGAUGAUUCCAAUGAGGAUUGUUGCAACAACUGUCAGUUUGCACCUGCGACUACUGUGUGCCGCGCGUCGACCGGUGACUGCGACAAACAAGAGACCUGCACAGGCAAUUCCCCGUACUGCCCUGACGAUGAACAUUUGACAGACGGCAGCAGUUGUGGCGAUGGAUUGAAGUGCGCCAGCGGCCAAUGCACCAGCAGAAACCAACAAUGCCAGUCCGCGCUGGGAGCGUACACAUCCGGAUCCAACGACACGUACGCUUGUGAUUCCAAUACUUGCGUCAUCAGCUGUGCCAGCCCAGAGUUUCCCAACGGAGUGUGCUACAGCCUGCAGCAAAACUUUCUGGAUGGCACGGAGUGCGGUGGCGGUGGACAUUGCAGCAACGGCCGUUGCACUGGUUCCGAUGUCGGAAAGGAGAUUGGCAACUGGAUCAGCCGUAACAAGGGCAUCGUCAUUGGCGUUGCCGUCGCCGUCGGCGUUCUCCUCCUCAUCUCCAUCUUCGGUUGCAUUUCGCGCAGCUGCCGCCGCCGUCGCAUGCGCGCUCGCGCCAAAGCGGCCGCCGCAGCCGGUCCCCCUGCUUGGCCUGGUGCCAAUAAUGGCAGGGGCAUGGGCAUGGGCGGCCCACCUCCUCCUCGCGUACCCCCGCCGUGGGCUCCUAACCGUGGCAUGAGCGAGAGUCAGCAGCCAUUCAUGUCGCCGCAUCCGCAUCAGGGCGGUGGCGGGUGGUACGGGCCCCCGCCUCCGGCGUACAGCGGUCCGGCUGUUAGGUACGCGUAA